AUGAACCAAAAUCAGGUCUUUACCCCCAGCGGUAUUUCCACAAGAGGUGCCGAUUUAGAAACAAUUCCAAGCUCAAGUGCCGGUUUAGAUCAAGAUGAUCAACAAAGCCAAUUACAACAGGAUCAGUUGGAGAUGGUCUCAAGACCUUUGACUACAAAUUCACGUUAUCCAAUGGUGGAAUCAUAUUCUCAAUUAAUACCACAACCAACUAAUAAUUCAUUCUUCACAAGUUCAUUAUUGGAUAAAUUUCAAAAUGGAUCUCAACUGACUUCUUCUUCAUUACAUCUGAAAUUCUCCAAAUUGAUUAAGGCUGAAAAGAAGAAAUUACAAAAACAAAAUGAUUUAAUUAAAGAAAUUCAAAAUUGGUGUAAUAUUUUGACAAAUGAUGAAUGUAAAAAAUUGUUGUACAAUUAUAUCAAGAUCUUGGAACUAGAAAUUGAAACUUUUGAUCAAUUGAUUAAAAAGAGAGAAGUUAUUAAUAGUCAAUUGUUGAAUGUUAAUAAAAGAGAGAAAAGAACAACUGAAUUGAAAUUGAAAAGGAAUAAAAUAUUGGUUAAAUUGAGGGAAAAUGAGAAUAAAGUUGGUGAUAGUCCAAUUACAACUUUAACUAAAGAGAAUUUAGAAGAAUUGGAAUGUUCAGUUGAGAUAGUUGAAGAUCAAUUCAUAAGAAGUAUAAAUACUGGGUUAAGAAAUUCUUUGGCUGAGUAUGCUGUUACAAUUCAAAAUCAAAGUUGUAAAUUCAAAGAUACAUCCAAAAAAUUCCUUGAAAAUUAUUAUUAUAUGAAUAACAUGUCAACAAAUAAUAGUACAGCAUCUGGGAAUAAUAACAAUAAUAAUUUGCAUAGAUUACUUUUACAAAAUAAGUUGAAUAGUGCAAUGCAAAUGUCAUCAAGAGAUAUAUCAACCUCACAUACAAACAAUCCAAAAUAUGUCGCCUUGUCCCCAAAUCAAAUUGGGAAAUACUUGGAUAAUAGGUUUAAUAAUGAUCCAGAAAACAACAGUAAUUCAAGCAUGCCACCACCAUCUUCAGCUCAACCAAGUGCAAGUGAAAACCAAUCAAGACAACAACAAAACCAAAGUACUGUAAUAAAUAUAACAAAUGAAGAAUUGAAAUCUAAAGGAAUUACACCAUCACAUUAUCCAAGUAUUCAACCUGGUGUAACAAGUGGACCACCUCCAACAGCUUCAACACCACCUAAUCAAAAACAUCAUAACUCUGGUAAGAUUGAAGAUUUAAACGGAAGUAACAAUAACAGCAAUGCCGAUAAUGAUCCAACUGGCUAUACCAUCAAUCAUUAUAGUACGCCUGGUGCUUUGGGUAUAAGACCAGUUUCGUCAAAUGUUCAUGAAUGGACAUGA